AUGGACAGGGUCUCGGUCGAGAGCUACUGUUUGGGACUCCUGGGUUUGUUGCUGCUGCAGGGAGUUCUCCAUGUGGAGGGAAGGAGCAUGUUCAUCCCUGGAAACCAUGUUUUUAACUCCAAAGAAGAAUCAGACUCCCAGAGCAAGAUCCUAGCACUAUUACUACACAAAAGCUUAGUUCCUGUCGACAAGGACGACGCUCUGGGUGUUGAGCUGGCCAAUAAGAUAGCUGAGCUGGAGGAGCUGCGAGCUUUGCGGGAGGAUCUGGAGCUGGAGAGGAAGAUCACGGCGAACAUGGCAGAAGGCAAAUCCAUAACCAGGAAGCGAGGCGAACCUUGUUUCUGGAAGUACUGCGUCUGACCCGACCGGAGGAGGAUCACUGUGAAAUCUUGCUGCAAAAGCCCAACAUAGCCUUAAAAAAACUCACAACACCAGUAAUAUAAUCACACUGUAUUUACUCCAGCAAUAUAGAGUCGUACCAUGAUCAGCGUCAUCGAUUAAAACGCUUCGUGUCCCGAAAGAUCUGUAAAUAAUCGGCUGCUCACUGGAAAUACUUGAGGGUCAGAUGUGACGAAACGUACUUGACUGCAAAGAAUUAUUUUCCCCGGGAGUUUGUUUGUUUUUUAUUUAAUUUAUUUUGCCUGCUGCUUGUGUUCUUUGUCGCCCUCUUGUGGCAGAACUGGGCGCGACGUGUUUUUAUACCACAAACAUCUCAC